UGCACUGAUGAUUGAAAGCAACUGCACAGCGACCACAGCAAGUGCAACCGUUUAAUCCUUCAAAGCCUGCAAGGUGCCAUUUGAAUGCGAUGUUUGCCAUCAGAAGCACUUCUCAACUCCAGCUGCUUUGGGUUCGCACAAGAGGUCUUCUGGCUGCGCUGAUCAAUGGUUAGGUCAACCUGCUGAUGUGGACAAGAAAAAACUGAAGGGAGCUGCCGCUGCGGCUGGGGAAGCUGCAGCCAAUGCCAUCAGGGAUGCUGCAAGAACGGGGGACGCACAGGCACCGGCAGAAGAAGAGCAGCAACGAGUUGAGCUGCCGGCAGACAGGGUUGAGAAGGAAGCCCAGGAAGGGUUUCCUGCCAGGCCAUCUCAUCAAGGCGAUGAAGCGAGUGGUGCAAGAGAGCAAUCAUUUGCUGCUGGGCGACAUCAAGAAGUUCGAGGAGAAGGUGCUUUUCAGCCAGGAUGAUGGCUGGACGACCAUUGACUUGUCCAAAGAAGGAGACCCAUAUCCCAUCUUGCUCCGAAUGCGCAACCCAAUUGAAAUUCUGAAGGAGCUUCUUGCUUUUCCGGCAAACUCCGAAGGCUUUGCGUGUGGGCCACGCAGAACAGAAGAUGCACAGGGAAGGAGGACCGUGAGCGAUCCAGAGACUGCGACGUGGUGGGAAGAAGCGCAGCCCACAUCGAUGCAAAGUUUUGAGCCCAACUCCCCUGAGUUCACUCUGCGGGGGCUGCAAGUGUUUCAACAAUGCCUGGGAAGGUUCUUGCAGCCACUCAAGGACGCUAGCUUCGACGGGUUCGUGGCCGAGGAUCCUGACGGAGGUGACAAGUUCUUCUACCCGUUGCUAUAUGCCUACAUCUGUGAUCAUCCCGAGGGAUGCAAGGUGACGUGUACAAAGGACGGCAAUCAAACAAAUGCGCCAUGCAGCAUUUGCAUGUGCCCUGCCAACGAGUUGCACGAGGUGGGUCAGCGCUACUAUUACCGCACACCGGAGGGGAUGCGGUGGGGCGUGAACCAGAUUGUCAACGCUAAAAAGUCCAAAGACAAGGAGCAAUGGGAAAAGGGUCUGUCCCUCCACCCUGUUGAGUGUGCGCUCUGGGGAUUCAACGGGGGGGACACAGAGUGGGGCAAUCCGUACCGAGCCGUUCUGGUUGACAUGAUGCACCAGACCGAUCUGGUGUAA